GUUUGGCUGACCACGAAGAGGAAAACCGGAACAAUCGUCUUCUGAUCUUCUGAUUGGUAUCAACCUGGUCCUGUUCCUACCAGCCAUGAUCUGGACCACAAAGUGGAAUCCCUGGCCAGCUGCCUGCAAUGGCCCCACUCUACCUUUAUACCUCAUAUUCCUCAUUUGUGGCAUUCUGAGCUUUGGCACAGUUACCCAGGAUGCCACCACUACAGUAAUACCUGGAACAUUCACAGUAUCUGGCCCUCUGGACCAGCCCAUCCUGGCCUGGGUGGGGCAAGACGUCCUGCUCCCCUGUCACCUCUCCCCUAAGAUGGAUGCUCGGGGAAUGACUGUGAAGUGGCUCAGAGGCCCAUUGGUCAUGCACUUGUACCUCAGGGGGCAGGAGGUGGAGGAAGUCCAGGCCCCUGCAUUCCAAGGGAGAACAAAGAUGCUGAGAGAGCACAUGGCUGAGGGGAAGGUGACUGUGAAAAUCUGCCAAGUCCAGCUCUCUGACGCCGGACACUACACAUGUUAUUUCCAUGCAGGCCCCUUUUACAGUGAAGCCAACUUUGACCUUCAGGUAACAGAAAUGCCCACAGGAGAAUUCACUGUGAUUGGCCCUGUUGGGAUCUUUCAGGCCAAGCAGGGGGAGGAUGUCCUGCUCCCCUGUCACCUCUCCCCUAAGAUGGAUGCUGGGAAGAUGACUGUGAAAUGGUUCAGAAACCAGACCCUUGUGCACAGUUACCCUAAUGAGGACAAGGUGGAGGAAACACAGGACCCUGAGUUCCAGGGGAGGACCGAGCUGCUGAAAGAUGACCUGGCAGAGGGGAAGGUGAUCUUGAGAAUCCAUCAGGUUCAGCUCUCUGAUGCCGGUCACUACAUUUGUCAGUUCCAGUCGCCUGGAUAUUCCAAUGAUGCCAGCUUUGAACUGCAGGUAACAGAGAAUUUCCCCACAUCUAAGAAGACAUUUAAAACCAUUCUUGCUGUCGGUUCAGUCUUCAUCGUUUCCUUGGUGAUUUAUUUCUUCUGGAAAAGAAAUCUAUUGAGAACCAGAGAGAUUAUUUCAUGCUCUCAAUUUCGAGGAGGAAGACAGAGAAGCCUCAGGGACCAUCCUGCCUUUCCUGGGGAUUUUGAGCUUCCACAUAGAUGGCUGACCACGAAGAGGAAAGCUGAACCUCACUUCUGAUCUUCC